AUGCUGUAUAACCCAAUCCACAUCCUUGAUAUCCAUCGAUGCAUGAGCUCUAAUUCCAAUACUCUGUUAGAUUCAGAAGUGCUUGAAAAUGAGACAGGGGAAAUGAGCGGAUGGAUCAUCCAGGAGGUCAUAGGCAUCCCUGAUGAUGACUGCGAUGAGUCCCUGGAGAAUUGUUUCCGGGAGUCGCGAGACGAUCCAUCUCUGGAGAUUCGCACGAACGCUGUCGCCGUCUUCGUCCUCCUAGCCUUUGCCCUUACCUCUGAAGGAGAUUGA